AAAACGCCAUCUCUAAGCUUUUUAAAAACCUAACAGGAAUAUUUAACAAUUUCCAACGAUCCUAAAUCCCACGACCCAACCAACACACUCUCUCUCUUUUUCUCUCUUCUUUAUUCAUUCUCCUUCCCUCUUUUUUUUCUUCUGGGGUUCUAUUUUAGCUGUUUAGCAGCUGGAGGAGAGAGAAAUCUCUGUUUCUCUCUCUUCUGCUGGUAUUCCGUUUUUGUUUUCUGCCCCUGCCCAUUGCUCGAAAAUCUCUCUUCCUCCAAUUCCAAGGCUGUUUUUCUUUUUUUUGUGCGUGUGUGUGUUUUUGGGGCAAAUUAGGGUUUCAUCUCUCUCUCUUGGGGGUUUAGAGGACGCGGCCCAAUCUAUAUAAUCACUAUGAAUAUGAUGCGCCGCCUUAAGAGCAUUGCUUCUGGUCGGACUUCCAUUUCUUCUGAUCCUGGUGGAGAUUUUGGCAUAAAGCGGGCAAAAGUUGAUCUAGAAACUGAACGAAAGGUUGGUGGAGUUUCUAAUGAUGUCGGAAGGGGUGCCUCUGGUUUAGAGCUGGAUUCCGCUUCAACUUCUUUGGAUAAUGCUGCGAGCACAUCAAACAUUUCAUCAAUAGCUGGAGCAGAGAAAUCUGGUUUUGAUCACCUUCCAAGAGAAAUGCGUGAAAUGAGAAUUAGGGAUGAGAAAUCCAACCAUGACGAAAAGGAUUUGGAGCCUGCUGUUGUGAAUGGCAAUGGAACAGAAGCUGGUCAGAUAAUUGCAACUACAGUUGGUGGUCGAAAUGGAAAACCCAAACAGACAAUCUCCUAUAUGGCAGAGCGUGUGGUUGGUACUGGUUCUUUUGGUGUUGUCUUUCAGGCUAAGUGUUUGGAAACAAAUGAAGCUGUAGCAAUAAAAAAGGUGCUGCAGGAUAAGCGAUAUAAGAAUAGGGAACUCCAGAUCAUGCGCAUGCUUGACCAUUCUAACAUUGUUCAACUAAAACAUUGUUUCUUUUCCACUACUGAUAAAGAUGAGCUGUACCUCAACCUUGUCCUGGAAUAUAUAUCAGAAACUGUUUAUAAAGUUUCUAAGCAUUAUAUCAGGAUGAAUCGGAGUAUGCCCAUUGUUUACGUGCAGCUAUAUACAUAUCAGAUUUGCCGGGCUCUAAAUUACUUGCAUCAUGUUGUAGGGGUUUGUCACCGUGAUAUUAAGCCUCAGAAUUUACUGGUUAAUCCUCACACUCAUCAACUAAAGAUAUGUGAUUUUGGGAGUGCAAAGAUGUUGAUGCCAGGGGAGCCUAACAUAUCUUAUAUUUGUUCACGGUAUUAUAGGGCCCCAGAACUCAUAUUCGGGGCAACAGAGUAUACCAAUGCGAUAGAUAUGUGGUCUGUAGGUUGUGUAAUGGCUGAGCUUCUUUUAGGACAGCCUCUUUUUCCUGGUGAAAGUGGCGUUGAUCAAUUGGUAGAGAUCAUCAAGAUAUUGGGAACACCAACCAGAGAGGAAAUCAAGUGUAUGAACCCAAACUAUACCGAAUUUAAAUUUCCUCAGAUUAAAGCACACCCGUGGCAUAAGAUAUUUCACAUGAGAAUGCCUGUUGAAGCCAUCGACCUUGUGUCAAGAUUGCUCCAGUAUUCCCCGAACCUACGUUGCACUGCGUUGGAGGCUUGUGCACACCCCUUCUUUGACGAUUUGAGAGAUCCGAAUGCAUGUUUACCUAACGGUCAAGCUCUACCGCCUUUGUUCAAUUUCACAGCUCAAGAACUUGCUGGUGCAUCGACUGAAUUGCGCCAUCGCCUCAUACCUGAACAUGCACAAAAUUAAAUCAACGUGAAUAUGGCCUCCUGAAUAUUGUUGUUUUUUGGCCAAACCAACCCCGGAAGAUUAUCCAUCCACAGUAGAUUAUCACCAUUGUCAUUGACGACCUGCUUUUAACACGGACAAUCAAAGGGCAUGAGCACAAACUUGGGUAAGGAAGCAGCUGUGGCUGGCUAAUGAGGCUCGUCUAACUACUAAUGUUAACACACUCAGCUUCAUGCAGGUGUUUUUUUCUUCUUUUGGCAAUGUAUGUGAGAACCUACAUUUGUUGGAUGAAUAUUGGCUUCCUGGAUGUUUGUAUACUAUUCAAUACGAGUUUUGCCGUAGCAGAAAAAAUGAGACCAGCGGACCCCAUUCAAUUUU